AAGGAAUUUAAUUGGAAAGUAGUUCAGUACGUCGCAGUUCUCCAUCAGGCCUCAGGGGGCAGCAAAGCCAGUUGUAACAAUGACGUCACGUAUGUACCCGGAAGAGACCGUCAGAUGGCGGCCUAAUGUUUUGGUGAUGCCGGAAGAGACAGAAAAUAGUAAAAAUAAGUGUAAAAUGUCAGUUUUCUCUUGAAAUAAGAUGAAGACUAUUUGUUACCGUGGGCACUACGAGCUUAUUGAGAAAAUAACGUCCGCCAGUGCCAUUAAGGCGAUGAAGACUGUAUUUGUUACCGUGGGCACUACGAGCUUUGACGAACUUAUUGAGAAAAUAACGUCCGCCAGUGCCAUUAAGGCUUUAAAAGAUCGUGGAUAUGAGCGGUUAGUACUUCAAGUUGGACGAGGGUCUUUUCUCCCGGACUCCCAGACCUGUCCACAUGUAAACCUGGAGGUUUUCCGUUUCAAGGACUCCAUAGCAAAGGACAUGGAGCAAGCCGACCUCGUCGUCAGCCAUGCAGGAGCGGGAAGCUGCCUGGAGGCCCUCGGCGCCGGGAAAGCCCUGCUGGUGGUGGUCAACGACAAGCUGAUGGACAACCACCAGAUGGAGCUGGCCAGGCAGCUCCACAAGGACUCCCACUUGCUCUACUGCACUUGCAGCACUCUGACAGAAACACUAAGGAGCAUGGAUCUCUCCGUUCUUCAGCCAUUUGUGCCCGGUCAGCCAAAGAAGUUUGCAGCUUUCAUGGCUGAAGCUCUUGGUCUCCAGUGAAGCUUUGGUGUCCAUUGUUUGAUAUUUUGGGAAUGCGGUGAAGAUCAGACAUCCUUAGAGCUGAGACUGUCUUCAUCUUGUCGGCCAAGUAGGCCAAAGUGCAGCUUCCAUGUUGUUUUGUCUCUUAGUGCACAUGACUCGGUGUCACGUUCACCUCAAACUUUGUAGACCUUGGCGGCUUACCUCCAGGUGAAGAAGAAAAAUAGUCCUAGCAAAAACAUCUUCAUGAAUAAAUCUUUGGAUAUUU